GACAGCUUGACUCUAUGUCAAGAAUCCACAAGUAAUCAUUCAAUGAGUCUGUUUCUGGGCUACUAAGGCUUGUCUCUGUCCCCAAGCUCUACCUUUUACCAGCUAUGCCUCCAACGAUAUACACCCUGCCGCCCAUAUGCUGCUCACCCAGCAGGUAAUCAAGGCCUCCCUCGCCACCUGCGCCCUCCCCUCCUCUGUCCUACACCUGGUCCCUCCACCGCCGUCCACCAUCUCGAGCCCCCCCAGCUCCGGCUCCGCAACAACAUCCAACCGAAACCCCGCCUCAUCAACACUCUCCACGGCCACCAGCCUGCCCGUAGUAUCCCUCCACUCAUACUCACUCUCCCCCCUCACCAUCAUCAUCAUCGUCCUCAUCAUCAUCCCCUCUCCCUUCCUCCUCCUCCUCCUCCUCCUCCUCUUCUUCUCCACAACAAACAGCCUCGUCCGCUCCCACUCCUGCACAGGCCUCCACCCAUACCUGUUCAUGCGCCGCUCGUCCUCGGCCCGCUCCUUGUCGCCGCGCACAUUGAUCCUCCUCGUGUCGUGCCAGUAGGCCCCGCCGGGCUCGUCGACGCGGAUCCGGCCCGCCAGCGCCCGCGACGGGCCCUUGCGCGGCUCGAUCUCUAGGAUGGGGAGGAACGACGUCGCUUGGUUGCUGCGGAUGGAGGUGUAGAGCGCUGUGUCCUCGUCGAAGGGCACCGUGCGCGUGGGCCGGCCUAGGGGGUCGUGGGUGUAGGGGCUUCCUUGGAGGGCGAUGAGGCGCGCGCCUGAGGGGGUGAGGGGGGCUAUGGACAUGGCGUUUGGGCGGGGGGAGGCGAUGUGGUAUUCGGGUUUUUGGGGUGGGAGGGAGGAGGAGGAGGAGGAGGAGGAGGAGGAGGAGGAUGGGAGAGUGGGGCAUGAGUAGAUGACGGGAGGGCGGAGAAUGUAUGCAUGUGCUUUGGGAUCAUGGCGUGCGUAGGAAGGGGGUGAGGAUGGACCGGCUGCUGUGCUGGGCGAGGAGGAGGAGGAGGAAGAGGGGUUGGCGAGGUCAAAGUCGUCUAGGAGGGAGGGAAGCUUGUAGAUCUUGGUAUCGUUCCUGGGGACGGGCGAGGUGGUGGCUUUCGUGGGUGAUGGGAGUGGUGGUAGUGUUGGUGGCGAGGGUCCCUUGCCGUAGGCGGGCAGCUCGUCGGCCGUGGGCGCAGCUGUGAGCGUUGGUCCGUCGUGUGCAGUGUCUGAGUCUGUCACGGCCCUACUCGAAGAGGGGGAGGGAAAGUGAUUCAUCUUUGGAUGAGUAGGUAUCUUUGAUUGCUAUAGUUCACGCCGUGGGGUCGCGCGGCAUGGCUGAAUAGUUGCUGAGAUCCCCGCACUUGCAACACACACAAGUAGAGGACUCGAAAAGUAAGAGACGCAGUGUCAAUUGCGCUGCCGGGAAUGUUGGUCUGUGGGAAAUUUCAAUGUGAAGUAACCGGGAACGGGUCGUGCACUGGCGAGUUGAGGCUUUUUCUGUACUGUGUC